UGUAUACGUAUAUAGUAUUUGAUUUAAUUCUGUAUGAACUAUUAUUAUGUAUUGUUUGUAUUUUGCUAUCUGCCACUUAUAUGUUAACUAGUCAACUAAACAAUUUAAACAACGUGUACCAAUCAUAAAUUAUAUUAAUUGCCACAGACUCACAUUAAAUUAACCCAUUGCAGGAUGUCUGGGUUAUAAAUUAGUUGUAGUUGAAAGUUUAAAUUUUAUGGUGAUGGGUAUUUUGGCAAAUUGAAACGUUCCUCGAUUCUCAAUCAUUAAAAAAAGAUAUUUUCCUAUUUUCUAGUAGUUUAAAGAAAUUGGUAUAUUAGUGUGUUUAUAUUUAAUUUAAUCUUAACAGUAUUUAAUUGACAUGGAAAACGGUAACAAUGGUUUAAAUAGUUGUAGAAAAGUAGCCCUAAUCACAGGAAUCACUGGUCAGGAUGGAUCAUACCUAGCUGAGUUGUUGCUAGAUAAAGGAUAUGAAGUUCACGGUAUUAUUCGGCGUUCGAGCACAUUCAACACUGGUCGCAUUGAACAUCUUUACUUAGAUCCUAAAUCACAUAUGGAAGGUAAAAUGAAACUUCAUUAUGGUGACAUGACCGACAGUAGUUGUCUCGUGAGAAUUAUAGGAAUGGUGAAACCUACUGAAGUAUAUAAUUUAGCAGCUCAAAGUCAUGUUAAGGUUUCAUUUGAACUAAGUGAAUAUACAGCUGAAGUAGAUGGAGUUGGAACUCUUAGGUUACUAGAUGCCAUUAGAGCAUGUCAACUAGAAAAAAGUGUACGUUUUUAUCAAGCUUCUACAUCAGAAUUGUAUGGAAAAGUUGUUGAAAUACCCCAAAAAGAAACUACUCCAUUUUACCCUAGAUCUCCAUAUGCAUGUGCCAAAUUAUAUGCUUAUUGGAUUGUGACAAACUAUCGUGAAGCCUACAAUAUGUAUGCUUGCAAUGGAAUUCUGUUCAACCAUGAGAGUCCAAGGAGAGGAGAAAACUUUGUAACUAGAAAAAUUACCAGAUCAGUAGCAAAAAUAGCAAUUGGUUCAUUGGAUUGUAUACAACUAGGAAACUUAGACUCUAAACGGGACUGGGGUCAUGCCAAAGAUUAUGUUGAAGCCAUGUGGUUAAUGUUACAACAGAAUGUACCUCAAGAUUUUGUGAUUGCUACUGGUGAAAUGCAUAGUAUUAGAGAAUUUGUAGAAAAAUCAUUCAAGCACAUUGGAAAAACAAUUAUUUGGGAAGGAACAGGGUUGAAUGAAGUGGGAAAAGAAGAAUCUACUAAUAUCAUACGUGUCAAAGUGAAUGCUAAAUAUUUUCGUCCGACUGAAGUUGAACUCCUGUUGGGUGACGCCACCAAAGCCAAAACCGUACUCGGAUGGGUCCCCAAAGUGAAUUUCGAGCAACUGGUCUACGAUAUGAUGGAAGCCGAUUUGGCGCUCAUGAAGAAAAACCCGUCGGCCUAAACUUCCUCGCUCGUGCAAUACCAAUUUUAUGUUAUUGUGUUACAUAAACUAUAACCCUCAACUUAAUAUGUGUAUUUGGUUCAUUGGUGGUUUUUUAUUAUUGGAUAUACAUAUUUUUUUAGGACCAGAACAGUUUGUUAUUUUACACAUUAUUAUUAUACGUACGUAUAAUAUACAUAUAAUUUUUAUAUUCUUGGACCGAGUUAGUCUUUGAACGUUCCUGAGUGGGCGGCACAUGUUCUAUUAUACUCAAAAGCCUGCAGCGUAUUAUACAUAAGUAGGUAUGGUAUACGACGUAUAGUAAUGAGACCACGAGUUAUAUAAAUAUUGUUAACGGAUUUUACGUGUUAACUUUCUGUGGUGUCUGAUUUUACGCUACCUUUCGUUUAUUAUAUUUUUUUUAUUUUUGCUAUUUUUAAGAUGAUUUUUACACAAACGUACUAAACCUGUUGAUUGUAAAAAACUAAAAAACCACGCCUAGUUAUUGCAUUUUGUGCGUUGGUGAUUGGUGUAUUUAUUUUGUAUUUAAUUAUAUUUUGAAGUUGUAUAAUCAUA